AUAGAAGCACUGUGGACCUAUUUAUAGCACUUAAAGAGUAACUAAAGCCCUGGUCAGAGUCUCACUCCACCCACUGGCAAUAUUUGAAAAAUGCAAGAAAAGGGGGCAGACCCCAACGGAGAUAGAAGAGACGAACUGAGCUCAUACCAAGUGUGUGGUGAGAUCUUAACAAGGGCGUGAUUUCCAAUAUGCUUCAGAGGUUACACUUCAUGGCCAACCUACUUCCUCUCAUUGACAUAAUGAGAUCAGAAAAGACUGAUGACAUCACAGCAAUCCCAAUCCCCACCAGGAUCAACCCAUACACCUGAGAGUUAGGAAGAGGAAGGCAGUGAUCAGUGCUUACACAGAGAAGAUGAUGAUCUCCUAAGAGACUUUAGGACAUUUCUCUGACUGCUGGGAAUCCCAAAAACAACAGACAGGAUGGCUCGGGAUAUGUCAGAUAAAGAAAUCAUGAACAUGGAGCUGGAACAGCUGAAGAAAGAGGUGAACACCACCAGAGUUGCGAUUUCAGCAUCAGCACCAGAGAUCAUUGCUUUUGUUGAAGCAAAGUCAGCAGAGGAUCCUCUUAUCAAAGGUGUUCCUGAAGACAAGAACCCAUUCAAGGAGAAGGGUGGCUGUAUUAUCACGUAGCAAUGACUUGACCUUGGAGGCACUAAACAUGUUCUUUGGUAUGGAGUAUCAGUCUUUAAGUGGGGAUUAUGGGAAAACUGCAAUUUUCCACUGUAGUUAUAAAUAUUACAGGGGCUGAAGAGAAAGACGACCACCCUCGUGUCUAUCAACAUCUUUUGCGAUACAGUGCUAUCUGUCUCUUUUAAUCCAAUAAACACAUUUGCAACCUAAGUAAAAGUCUCACUGUCUAAUGGAUUGGUUAGAAAUGCCAAUUUUCCCCUAAUUUAACAUUAUUUAACAGGAACGUGUACACACAUUUUAGAUCUACUGUACUGUAUAGUAAUAAAAUCUAGCAAAUGCAUUUUCUUUUUAUUUAAGAAAGGUUGGGGAUGUACAAAGGACCAAUAAAAACUGUGUGUAUUCUGCAUUAUGCCACGGGGCUGUUGAAUGCUUUAUUCUAAUUGGUCCAAAAAUGCUCCAUGGCCGUUAUUUAUUUUAUGCACACUUGACCUGUCAAAUGUCUUAAAUAACCACCAGAGCAAUGUUUGUGGAAACCUUGGUGUAUGAGGAAUAAUUGACUCCGGUCCUUUGAAAAUAAUACACACAUGUUGUAAGGGCACGCCUCACGUCGUGACGCACCACCACCUUGGGUGUGCAUUAUUUUCGAAUAAUUCAACGGUCCGUCGUCAAUUAUUCCUUACUUAGCACACACACUGCUAUGUUUUUUUUGUACUGCAUGAGUAAAGCAGGUACAGUACAUUAAAUCAUUCACACUUGUUGUCAUUGGCUGCUGGUCUUAAUGAGAUUUGGCUGUCAGAUGUCUUUUCUAAUGAGUGUCUGGCUCCUGUUUUUCAAGAACUUAAGCUCAUUCACUGAUCCUUAUUGAGCUCUUCAUCCGGUAAGCUCGUUUUCCAAUUUGUAUUGCUGUCUUUACUCCUCUCCUGCUGUUUUCAUUUUAUUUAAGAGCAGUGAUUGGGAUGAACUGCAGCUUCACUGUUGACUGUAUGGUUGCUGUUUGUGUAUGUGAAAGAAACCCAGUUGGAUCUUUUGAUUUAUUUUUGCAUUGGUUUCUUGAGGACACCUGUAGGUAGAUGGCAUUAUGACACUGGCUAGUUUGGAUAAGAAUAGUGAAAACUUUGUUAGCACUUCUUAAAUUAUUGCCUCCCUAUGACAAAUCGCUUAAUUGUUUCCUAAUUUUUGUAAGUAGCUUUGGAUAAAAGCAUCUACUAAAUGCCUAAAUGUAAAAUGUGUGCUCAUCCAACCCAGGCCUUUUUGAGGGGGCCAGUAAGGAAAAUGUCCUAAAUAUCUUUAUGAUGGCUCUAUUCUACAGUGGUGGCCAUCAUAACGAGAAGGCAAUUUGAAAAAUAAACGGCACUUGUAUCAAAGGAAAGCCUUUGGCUGGAGUUGCAGAAGACAUGGGAUAACAGUACUGAUGGAGGAAAUAUACUGACA